CCUGCACUUGUCUGUAGAAGAGCUGCACCAUAGUCUUUCCCGCCUUCUCGGUGUCUGUCCUGGAGGCUGCUCUCCUGCUCCGAGGGGUAUCAGGAACUAGUUCUGCCCCUUUUGGGUGAGAUUUGUGAGGAAAGGAUUGCAGCAGCUGGAGCUCUUCCAACCUGCUUCCUCCUGCUCCAAGCCCCGCCCCUCCCUGGCUUGGCUGGUGUUGGUUGGAGCCCCAGAGCAGUCCAGAAGUUUAGUGCAGGGAAUGAGGCGACUGGUGGAAUGCUGAGCGCUCUGCUGCAGCUGCUGCUGGCUCUUCGUGUUCAGGAGAAGCUCUGCCCUGUCGUCUCCCCGGGUGCUGACCGCCCGGCUCCAGCUGCUACUUCUCCCCAGCCUUGGCUUCGUCUGUCAGUUAUGUGGAGACUGAGUUGGUGGUGCUUGGUGCUGAGCAGGGUCUGCCUGCUGAUCCCCGGUGCCCUGGUACUAGCCAGAGUACCAGUCUCUUCCUCUCACCCUCAGCCCUGCCAGAUUCUGAAGAGAAUUGGGCACACGGUCCGGAUCGGGGCUGUCCAGCUCCAGCCCUGGAGAACACGGGGGAUGCCAUCUCAAUACACACGCACCUGGCCAGACAAUGAGAGUGGGCACCAGAAGAUGGGUACAGGUCGUGACACUGAAGGAAUGGGGAAGGAAGGGGACAAGCUGGCACUGGGUGCCCCCACUUUGGAAAGAAAGUCCAGCCAUGGUCCUAGGAGUCCUCCGGGUUACAGAGGAGAGGAGCUGCUCUUUCCCAGGGAUGCCCUACUUUUGGCGGUGGAUACCCUCAAUAGAGUGCCAGGCCUGUUACCCUAUAACCUCUCAUUGGAGGUGGUGAUGGCUAUAGAAGCUGGCCUGGGGGACCUACCCAUUCUCCCAAUGUCACCCUCCAGCUCCUCCUGGAGUAGUGAUCCCGUGUCCUUCCUGCAGAGUGUCUGCCACACGGUAGUGGUCCAGGGGGUCGCUGCUAUUCUUGCCUUCCCCCAAAAUAAGGGGGAGAUUUUGGAGUUGGAGUUUAUCUCGUCAAUUCUACAGAUACCAGUCGUCAGUAUUGUGAAAAGUGAGUUCACCCGGAAAACAGAGAAUCCUCUUCACCUGCAGCUCAGCAUUGAAAAUUCCCUCACUUCAAAUGCUGAUGUGACUCUCUCCAUUCUUACAAUGAACAACUGGUACAACUACAGCAUCCUCCUAUGCCAAGACGAUUGGAAUAUAACAGACUUCCUCACUCUGACACAAAAUAAUUCCCGAUUUCACCUUGGAUUAAUUCUAAAUAUCACUGUAAAUAUCACCCUGACAAGUGAUGUUAUGAGCUACCUACAAUACAACCUAGAGAGUAUAAAGGACACCACAUCUACUAUCGUCAUGUUUGGUUGUGAUAUGGAAGACACAAGACGAUUUUUUGAAGCAACUGCUCAGUAUGGAAUAAUAUUACCCGAAUUUUAUUGGAUUUUUGGUGAUUCACAAAAUGUCGAUGAAUUAAGAACUGAAGGAUUACCCUUGGGUCUGAUCGCUCAUGGGACAACCUCUGCUUCCUACUUUGAGCACUACGUGCAAGAUGCAAUGGAGUUGGUAGCAAGAGCAGUUGCCACAGCCACAAUGGACCAGCCAGAGUUGGCUCUUGUUCCCAGCACAAUGAACUGCAUGAACCGAGACAGUUUGAAUCUUACAUCUGGGCAGUACUUAUCCAGGUUUUUGACAAACACAUCUUUCAGUGGUGUUAGCGGGCAUAUUAAAGUUAAAGAUUCUUCAAUUAUCAACUCCGAAAACCAUUAUUUUAUCUGGAACUUACAACAUGAUCCAGUAGGAAAUCCUAUGUGGACUCGACUUGGAAGCUGGCAGGAUAAAAAAAUUAUCAUGGAUUAUGGACUGUGGCCAGACCAAGCUCAAAGGCACAAAAACUAUUACCAACAGCCUACACGGUUACACCUUAGAGUUGUGACUUUGGUUGAACCUCCAUUUGUUUUUACUAGAAAUGUAGAUGCUGACGGCCAAUGCCCGGCAGGACAGCUUUGCUUAGAUCCCAUGACAAAUGAUUCGGGAGUAUUAGAUAACCUUUUUGAGAGUUUGCAAAGUGGCAAUGACACGGUGCCAAUUGAAUACAAAAGGUGUUGCUAUGGCUAUUGCAUCGAUCUGUUGGAAAAAUUUGCAGAAGAUUUAAACUUUGAUUUUGAUUUAUAUAUCGUUGGUGAUGGAAAGUAUGGAGCUUGGAAAAAUGGUCAUUGGACAGGACUUGUGGGAGAUCUUCUCAGUGGUGCUGCCCACAUGGCCGUGACCUCAUUUAGUAUUAACACAGCUAGAAGUCAAGUCAUUGAUUUUACAAGUCCCUUCUUUUCAACGAGUCUUGGCAUCCUAGUAAGGACUAAAGAUACAGCAGCACCAAUCGGAGCUUUUAUGUGGCCACUUCAUUGGACAAUGUGGCUGGGAAUUUUUGUAUCUCUUCAUGUGACUGCAGUAUUUUUAACUCUUUACGAGUGGAAAAGCCCCUAUGGUAUGACCCCGAAUGGCCGUAACCGCAGCAAAGUUUUCUCCUUCUCAUCUGCGCUAAAUGUGUGUUAUGCCAUACUUUUUGGCAGGACAGCAGCUAUCAAAACCCCUAAGUGCUGGACUGGACGAUUUCUAAUGAAUCUGUGGGCUAUUUUUUGUUUGUUUUGUCUGUCUACCUAUACUGCUAAUUUGGCAGCUGUCAUGGUGGGGGAAAAGAUUUAUGAGGAGCUUUCUGGAAUACAUGACCCUAAGCUUCAUCAUCCCUCCCAAGGGUUCCGCUUUGGAACAGUAAAAGAAAGCAGUGCUGAAGACUAUGUAAAGAAGAGCUUUCCAGAGAUGCAUGAAUACAUGAGAAGAUAUAAUACCCCAUCUACAUCUGACGGAGUCGCUUUUCUAAAAAAUGACCCAGAAACAUUAGAUGCUUUCAUCAUGGACAAAGCACUCCUGGACUACGAAGUCUCCAUUGAUGCUGAAUGCAAGUUACUAACAGUGGGCAAGCCAUUUGCAAUUGAAGGUUACGGAAUUGGUCUCCCUCCCAACUCUCCCUUGACAUCAAACAUAUCAGAACUGGUCAGUCAGUAUAAAUCAAGUGGAUACAUGGACAUGCUUCAUGAUAAGUGGUAUAAGGUGGUGCCUUGUGGAAAGAGAAGCUUUGCAGUCACUGAGACUCUGCAAAUGGGCAUCAAACACUUCUCCGGGCUGUUUGUCAUGCUCUGUAUAGGAAUUGGAGUGUCUAUACUUACCACCAUUGGAGAACAUAUUGUUUUUAGAUUGGUCUUGCCAAGAAUUAAAAAGAAAUCAAAAUUAAAAUAUUGGCUUCACACUAGUCAGCGUCUCCAUCGAGCUUUAAACACAUCUUUUAAUGAAGAGAAAUUUCAGCAAAAACUAAAACGACUAGAAAAAAGGUGCAAUGCAGGAAACAAUGAGCCACGUGUUUGGAAUACUGCCAACCAGAGCAGCUGUAACAGAAGAAAAUAUAUUCUCAAAGAAGCACACAAUGAAUUAAGUUUCAGACAUCAACAGGAUUUGCCUUUGCCACAGAGGAGAGAGACUCCAAAAUUACUUACUACAAAUGGGAAGGCUGAGUCCUUAAACAUAUCUAGAAAUUCGGUGGUGCAGGAAUUGACAGAACUGGAAAAACAAAUCCAGGUUAUUAAGCAAGAACUGCAAAUAGCCAUGAACAGGAAAAAUGAACUGGAAGAGUUCCAAAGGAAAAACAGGACUGCUGAAUCUUAAAAAACAGUUCUACGUCUUAACAAUGGACACGGACGAAUGACAAAAGUAUUGGCUGUGACUCAAUCUGUGUAGUCACUGGACACGUGGAAAUCUACUGUACAUAAGAUGAAGAUUUCUUUACUUCUGAUGAGUUUUAUUUGUCUUUUUUUUUGUAAGAUUCAACCUGUAUUUCUCUAGUUCGUGUGAACUGUUUAUCAAUAUGAAAACGUGACCUUGGAGUCUUUUAAAACUCAGAAACACACUUGCCCUUAUAUCCCCUCCAUGGUAUUAAAUGAAGGUUUUCACUUCUGCGCCCCUCAGUGUGCAUUAAUAAAACGAAAAUGGUUUUGAAUUAUCUCCACUAUGUCCUUUGCUAGUAUUUUUAACUUUUAUGAAGGAAAUUUGCAUUUAAUGUGUAUCUGUGAAAUUGAAAUUUCAGCAGUUUGAGACUAGUAGAGAAUGAGGGUGAAAAAUUAAUUGCUCAUCCACACUGUAAUGGACUUCGAAAGGAAGCAAAGCAUCAUGUUUGAUGAAUCCGAGAAUGGAUUACCUUUUCCAAGAGGUCAGUGAAAGACAAUAAAAGAAGAUUUUAUGUUUAUUGGACUUUGUGGGUAUUUUUAAAGAGUUUCAAGCUAGGAACUUGAUGACGGAUGACUGUACUUUAGUAUAUGAGUAAAGUUAAGAAAGUGGAUAGACACAAGAUGUAGAGAAAAAGAUUUCAAAAGCGUUUUGUAUUUUACAUGCUGGCACUCAUUCAGUCUUGACAAAUGAAUACCUAAUAGCAUUGAAAUUCAGGACGGUAAGAAAUUUGUCCCUUUCACAAAUGAAACAUGUAUUGAUUUUGAUAUUUGUAGUCAUCUAAAACAUGCAGGACUGAAUUAAUCAGGGACCGGCAUACAGGAUUUAAAGUCUUCAAAUGGAAUCAACAUGAUUCUAAUUUAAGGUAGAACAUUUUCGUUUGGUUGGUUAUUUAGCUUCUUUAGGGUAGGAUCACACAUUGUGUAUAUGCUGCGUAUAUACAGUGGGGGGGGGGGGCAUGUAUCAAAGAUUUUACCCCUGUUUUGUGUGUAUUUUUUGCGCAAAAUUUUGCGCAAGCCCUUUUUUUGCGCACGUUUUGGUUCAGCAUGUCCUCCAGAUGUGGCCUAAUCAGGUUACCUUGAAGUGACAUCUAUAGUACGCAUGGAUUUAUUAACUGCAUACUUUUCCUUUACACCAAAAAUUUGUCCGCAAGAGCUGUUUUUUUGCGCAAAUAUAAGCCAUCUUGGACUUAACGUAGCAAGAUGCUCUGAAUCAUCGAUUUCUAUUUUUCAAAGAGUGGAUUGAGGAGAUUACUAUAUUUACCCCCAAUUUAUAAAACUCAUUGGGCUUGACUGAUAAAUUUAGCGCUUCUGCGCAUAAUUUAGAAUUCGGGAAAAGGGGUAAACUGCUUCUACCAUACACAAAUAAUGAUACAUGUCCCCCAAUAUGUGUAAUCCUACCUUUAAAGUAUAAAUUCCUUCUAAGGCUUAAUUUUGAAUGUUGUGUAUAGUUGUUAGUUUAAAAAAAAAAAAUACUAGAACUGGAGCAGUGCUGUAUAUGUAUGGCACUGAGAAGUAGCAUGUUCUUCUGUUCUUGAUAUCGCUACCAAGAGCUGACUGUUAUAAACAAGGCUUCCACUGAAAUGGCUGAUACAAAGAUUGCUCCAAUUCAGGAAUUGAACCCAUUAGAUGCUGCCAUUUCUGAUGUUGCUAUGGCAGAUACAGUAUUACUAAAGCAAUCACUAGUGGACUGAAAUAAAAGUAUAAAUAAGUUUUAUUAUAGAAAAAAUAUUUAUUGGUAAUGACCUGAACAAUAAAGUUAUUUAAUUUGCACAGUAGAAAAAUAGAGCAAAAUAUUAUGGAUCCUUGUAGUGCAGUAAAAAAAAAUACAGAAGUUACAGCAUCAACAUAACAAAACAAUAAGAUCGGGUAAAUCCCCUGUAAACUGGCUAGAAACAUCAAAGACAACAGAUGAAAGAAAAAAAAAAAUAUAUUUUUUUUUGUUGCACAAAACCUCCCAAACCUUUUGCAAUUUAUUUGGACAGUUUUUACUCUGCCUCUGUGCCAACUAAUAGCGAUGGCCAGAGAGCUGCCGGGUAUAGAGAGGGCUUGACUUUUAAACUCCUUAACAGCCCUAUGAUGUAGUUGAUGAGUUAAAGGGUUAAUACAUUGAAGGAAAUACUUUCUGAUGUAUUUUGAAGUUGUAAUUUUUAUAUUUGUAUCAGUGCAGACCAACCAUUGUAAAUGUAAUGCAUUUUCUACUUUGAGAUCUGGAAAACCAUUAGCCAAACGGUUUGUAGAAGUAACACAUUGUAGUAGCCCACAUACAAAUAUUUUGUUUAUAGAACACUCAAAAAUCGAAUUACUUUUUUUUUACAGUGAAUGCAGCAAGAAGUCAACCCUGUUACAUAUACCCUAAGCUAAUUUUAUUAUUAUUUAAAGUUAUUUUUUUUCUUUUUUUUUUCCUUGACUUUUCUUGCAACAGAGCCCCAGAUUUAUCAAAUUGUGUGAGAAAAAAACUGGAAGGCUUUUACUCACAGCGACCAAUCACAGCCCAGCCGCAGCCUAUCCUAACAAGCUCCCGUAAAGUGAAAGCAGUGGUUUGAUGAUCUCACACAGGUUGAUAAAUCUCCCCCAUUGUUUCUAAAGCCGAUGGAGCAUGUUUCCAUGUAAGAUACAACUGUACUCACAUUGUUGGAUGUUCUUGCAGUGGGUGGCACAUUUGAUCCUUGCUUGGCAACCACUGUAGGCCCAGGGGGCGCGUGUGUGUCCAAAUAUUUUGUAAAUAAGGCUAUAAGGUGAGCCCUGGCCUCCUUCCUCAUUUUGCUCAUGGAGCUGUACGCUUGAAGUUGAUGUGGCAAUUUAUAAGCAUGGGGCUCUUUUUAAGCAAAUUAAAAGGUAUUCAUAAUUUUAUCAAUAAAAAUAAAAAAUGCUUGUGCGAAUUUCUAGCUCCGCUCACCACCUUGUGGGAAAUCCACUCCACCUGUGUGCGGACGUGCCGAUCCCGCCUUCGGCCAGGAAAUGAUAUGCAAAAAAGACGUAUCGUCCAGCACUCGGGUUGCGGUAAAAGAAGUGUUUCUUUAUUCAAGGAUCAUCAGACAAUAGUCACAAACAGAGAAACAGCGUCUGAUGCGUUUCGCACUUGCGUGCUUAAUCGUAGACUAGAAACACUUCUUUUACCGCAUCCCGAGUGCUGGACGAUACGCCUUUUUUGCAAAAAUAAAAAAUGAGCGCGCAGAAAUCAUGUAAAGAAAGUGAAAAAACAAAUGAUAAAUUCCCCUCAAUGUGUCUAGGAGGGAUUACUGUGUUUAUCAGACGUUUCCAUUUAAAGAUAGUGUGAGGUCCAUCCAUCUCAAAAUGAUCUUCUUUUAGCCAUAAACAGUGGGGGAGAUUCUCAAAAAGUACUGUAAUUUCUGUUCAGAGAUAUUAUUCACACCUUUUUUUUUCUUUUCAAGGUUUCAAAGGUCUCUUGUGCUGCUUUGAAAAUAUUAAAAUAUAUGAAAAUUCA